AUGAAAAAUGAAUCAAAUUAGUAAUGCAAAGGACAAAAGCAUUAAGAAGAUAUAAUUGGAAUAUGCUUAUCUUUAACAUGCAAUAAUAAUUCUCCUUUUUGUUAUAAUUGUAUAAAAUAAUUCCAUUCCCAACAUUAAAAUGAUUGUAAAACUUUUAAAAAUUUAUCUAAAUUGAUUAAUCAAAAUUAAAAAGUCCAUUCAUAGUUUAUUUUAUAACUAAAAGAAUUUAAGGCUAAAUUUGAUGAGUUUAUCACAAAUAUCAUUUAAAAAAUAGAAGAUUAAAUCAAAAGUUUAAAAUAAAUUGAUUAGCAUAUGAAAGAAGGGCCAAACCUUCAUAAGGAAAUAGAUAUAGAUUUCCUUAAACAUUAAAAUAAUAUAAUUGAAAAGGAGAUGGAAUGUAAAACAUUAUUUUAAUAAAAAAAAGCAUAAUUUAUGAGCAAUUUAAAUUCUAUAAUGGAUUCUUUAUAGAAAUUAGAGUAAAUGAUAUUACAAAAUCCAAAUCUAAAAGUUGCUAUCAAUCAGAAUUUAAAUCAAAUAGCAUUUUAAAAUUAAGAUAUAGUUGAUGUAAUGAUUCAAUAAGGUAAGUGUUUAACAUUUUAAAAUUAGGAAUCGACUUAUUUAUUACAAAUGAUUAUCAAUAAUCAUUAGAAAUAUUUGAAUAAGUUCUGAAAAUUGAACCAACUUGUUCAGAGGCUCUGAAUUGGAAAAGUAUUAAAUUUAUGAUAUUAAUAGUAUAAAUUUUAAUGUAAAAGAAAGAAUUUGAGAGUGUUAUCGAAAUUUGUGAUCAAAUCAUAUCUUAAAACUCUUAAUGUUUUUAAUUUUAUUUAAAAAAAGGUAAUAAAAUUAAUAUUAUUAACAGGGGAAGCAUUAUUACUAUUAAAAUAAUAUUAAUAAGCUAUGGAAAAUAUUAUUAAAGGAUUUUUGAUAAAUUCUUAAGGAACUCUUUCAUUACUUUUUUAAAAUAAUAAAAUGAAUGGUCAAUAAAACAAAAACCAAAUUUCAUCAUAGGAAAUGAAUGAAAUGAAGAGAACAGUUUUAUCAAUAUUUGGAGAAAAUUAAGAAUAAGGUAAAAUGUUAUGAUUAAAUUUAAAUGAGAUUCGUCCUGAGCAAAUUAUUACAUAUUUUUAAAAGAUAAAAUCUAUUCCACUAGAUGAUUAAUAAGCAAUUGAAGGUAUUAAAUAAUUCAAAUAAAAGAUAAAAAAAAAGAAUAAAUUUUACUAAAUCCUUAUUAAUAAUCAUAAAUAAACUAAUUCGAGAGUUUUCUAAAUAAUUUCUUGAUAUAAUUCUUUGAGAAUUAAUAAAAUGAAUAAAAACUAGUAUAUGUAAAUAUAAAAAGAAUUCCGAAAUAUAGUUAUAAAAUGAUUCAACAAAAUCCAAGAAAAUCGAUAAUUCAGAAAUUAGUUCUCAUCUUUAAUAAGGUGAUAAACUAAUUAAAUUAAAAGAUUACUAGUAGGCUAUUAAAUAUUUUGAUAAAAUCAUAGAAAUCGAUCCUAAUAAUUGGAUUGCACAUAAAAAUAAGGGUUAAAAAUAAAAUAUAAUUUAGCAUAAUGUUUAAACUUUAUGGAUCAGCAUGAAGAAGCUAUAAAAAUUUCANAUAAUGGAUUCUUUAUAGAAAUUAGAGUAAAUGAUAUUACAAAAUCCAAAUCUAAAAGUUGCUAUCAAUCAGAAUUUAAAUCAAAUAGCAUUUUAAAAUUAAGAUAUAGUUGAUGUAAUGAUUCAAUAAGGUAAGUGUUUAACAUUUUAAAAUUAGGAAUCGACUUAUUUAUUACAAAUGAUUAUCAAUAAUCAUUAGAAAUAUUUGAAUAAGUUCUGAAAAUUGAACCAACUUGUUCAGAGGCUCUGAAUUGGAAAAGUAUUAAAUUUAUGAUAUUAAUAGUAUAAAUUUUAAUGUAAAAGAAAGAAUUUGAGAGUGUUAUCGAAAUUUGUGAUCAAAUCAUAUCUUAAAACUCUUAAUGUUUUUAAUUUUAUUUAAAAAAAGGUAAUAAAAUUAAUAUUAUUAACAGGGGAAGCAUUAUUACUAUUAAAAUAAUAUUAAUAAGCUAUGGAAAAUAUUAUUAAAGGAUUUUUGAUAAAUUCUUAAGGAACUCUUUCAUUACUUUUUUAAAAUAAUAAAAUGAAUGGUCAAUAAAACAAAAACCAAAUUUCAUCAUAGGAAAUGAAUGAAAUGAAGAGAACAGUUUUAUCAAUAUUUGGAGAAAAUUAAGAAUAAGGUAAAAUGUUAUGAUUAAAUUUAAAUGAGAUUCGUCCUGA